AUGGCGGCGCGGGGCCGGUGCCCCGAGUGCGGGUCGGGGUCCCUGGUGGAGGACGCGCACUACGCGCAGCAGCAGCUGGUCUGCUCCGCCUGCGGCUGCGUCCUGUCCGAGGGGCUCCUCACCACCACCUACACCGACGAGGAGCAUCUGCGGGAGGUCGCCUAUUCCCAGAGCACUGGCCAGAAGGAGCAGCUGAGCCGCUGCCUGCAGCGAGGGAUCCGGCGGGUGCAGGACCUGUGCAAAGUGCUGCAGCUCCCGGCCGUGUUCGAGGAAACGGCCGUGUCCUACUUCCAGAGGGCUCUGCAGCUCCCUGCCUUCCGCCUGGUGAGCCUGGAGAAGAAGGAGCUGCUGGGGGGCUGCUGCGUGUUCGUGACGUGCCGCCAGCGCAACUGGCCCCUGACCAUGGGCACCGUCUGCUCCCUCCUGUAUGCCAAGCAGGACCUGUUUGCCAGCGUCUACCUGAGCCUGCAGAAGGAGCUGGGGCUCUCGGUGCCUGCCCUGAGCCUGGCAGACCUGGUGACAACACACCUGAACAGUUUCCGGCUGCUCCAGCCCACGGCCAACAUCCCUGCACCGUUCCUGGAGGACAAGGAGAAGCUGCUGGCCCGGACUAUGGCCAUCGUGGAGCUGGCCAGCGACACGUGGCUGGUGACCGGCCGGCACCCCGUGCCCAUCGUCACGGCCGCGGCGUUCCUGGCCUGGCAGUCGCUGCGGCCCGGCCCGCGCCUCUCCUGCCCCUUGGCACAGUUCUGCCGCCUGGCAGGGGUGGAUCUGCCCCCGCCAGCCCACCUCAGGCUGAAGGAGCUGCUGGAGAUCCUGCUGGGAAUGGCCUCCCAGCUCUCCUGGCUCCGCGGUUUCGACUUGGACAGGAAAACGGUGGUAAAGCACAUCGGGGACCUGCUGCAGCACCGCGUGUUCCUGCUGAAAAACGCCUUCAGCCAGCAUGGGGAGGAGCAGCAGGACACGGCCCCGGGCCAGGGCUGCUCGGAUAAGGACUCCCCAGAUAAGGGCUCCCUGGAUAAAGACUCCUUGGAUAGGGGCUCCCUGGAUAAGGACUCCCCAGGCCAGGGCUGCCCAGGGCAGGGCUCUGUGGGCCCGGACUCCCCUGAUAAGGGAUCCCUGGAUAAGGACUCCCCAGUCAAGGACUCCUUGGAUAAGGGAUCCCUGGAUAAAGACUCCGUGGAUAAGGGAUCCCUGGAUAAAGACUCUGUGGAUAAGGGAUCCCCGGAUAAGGGAUCCCUGGGUAAGGACUCCCGAGGUCAGGGCUCCCCAGGCCAAGGCUCUCCCAGCUCUCCUCAGGGGGCACAGCAGCAGGGCCGUCCCUGGGCAGGGACAGGCCAGCGUGGGGGUCCCCUGAGGCCCCUGCUCCCACCCUGCCUCCUCCACCCCAGGAAGAGGCUGCGGCCAGCAGCUCCGAGCGCUGCGGCCGUGGCCCCCACGGGGGACGAGCCCAUCUCGGACAGCGAGAUCGAGCAGUACCUGCGGAGCCCCGAGGAGAUCCGUGCCCUCAGGAAGGCCAAAGUCUGGCUGUGAAGGUGGCCGUGGCUCAGAGGACGGUGCUGCCAGGGACAGUUUUGGGACCAAAAAGCGUGAAGCCCACCAGGGACAGAGUGAUUGUGCUGCAGAGACAGUCACCAGGGAA